AUGGUUUCCCUUGAAGAAGAACAUGAGCUCUCCACGAUACACGAAAACCUUGAAGAUGUCUCAGACAGGAAAGCUGCAUCCCGCCGCUCUGUUGAAGACUUCAAGGUGCCUGCUGCAGCGCCUGUUUCAGAGCAAAACUCCCUGACUGAAGAGCGAGACGAGUUGAAGAGAAUCAACCUUGAUCUGGAGGCCAGAGGCAAAAACCUGACUGAGGAGAGAGAUGACCUGAAGAGAGCUGUGAAGGACUAUGUUUCAGAGCAAAUCUCCCUGACUGAAGAGCGAGACAACUUGAAGAGAAUCAACCUUGAUCUGGAGGCCAUUGGCAAAAACCUGACUGAGGAGAGAGAUGACCUGAAGAGAGCUGUGAAGGACUAUGUUUCAGAGCAAAACUCCCUGACUGAAGAGCGAGACGAGUUGAAGAGAAUCAACCUUGAUCUGGAGGCCAGCGGCAAAAACCUGACUGAGGAGAGAGAUGACCUGAACAGAACUCUGGAAAACUAUGUUUCAGAGCAAAACUCCCUGACUGAAGAGCGAGACAAGUUGAAGAGAAUCAACCUUGAUCUGGAGGCCAUUGGCAAAAACCUGACUGAGGAGAGAGAUGACCUGAAGAGAACUGUGAAGGACUAUGUUUCAGAGCAAAACUCCCUGACUGAAGAGCGAGACGAGUUGAAGAGAAUCAACCUUGAUCUGGAGGCCAUUGGCAAAAACCUGACUGAGGAGAGAGAUGACCUGAAGAGAACUGUGAAGGACUAUGUUUCAGAGCAAAACUCCCUGACUGAAGAGCGAGACGAGUUGAAGAGAAUCAACCUUGAUCUGGAGGCCAUUGGCAAAAACCUGACUGAGGAGAGAGAUGACCUGAAGAGAACUGUGAAGGACUAUGUUUCAGAGCAAAACUCCCUGACUGAAGAGCGAGACGAGUUGAAGAGAAUCAACCUUGAUCUGGAGGCCAUUGGCAAAAACCUGACUGAGGAGAGAGAUGACCUGAAGAGAACUGUGAAGGACUAUGUUUCAGAGCAAAACUCCCUGACUGAAGAGCGAGACGAGUUGAAGAGAAUCAACCUUGAUCUGGAGGCCAUUGGCAAACACCUGACUGAGGAGAGAGAUGACCUGAAGAGAACUGUGAAGGACUAUGUUUCAGAGCAAAACUCCCUGACUGAAGAGCGAGACGAGUUGAAGAGAAUCAACCUUGAUCUGGAGGCCAUUGGCAAAAACCUGACUGAGGAGAGAGAUGACCUGAAGAGAACUGUGAAGGACUAUGUUUCAGAGCAAAACUCCCUGACUGAAGAGCGAGACGAGUUGAAGAGAAUCAACCUUGAUCUGGAGGCCAUUGGCAAAAACCUGACUGAGGAGAGAGAUGACCUGAAGAGAGCUGUGAAGGACUAUGUUUCAGAGCAAAACUCCCUGACUGAAGAACGAGACGAGUUGAAGAGAAUCAAACCUUGGUAA